AUGGGCAAUAGCCAGGGCAAGCCCAUCGACUUGGAUGGCGAAGUCAACCUCAACCAUUUCCGCCUGCUACGAGUCGUCGGUCGAGGCGCCUUCGGUAAGGUCCGCAUCGUCGAGCGAAAAGACACGAACCUGUCCUUUGCUUUGAAGUAUAUCCGGAAAGAUGAAGUCGUACGAUCAGAGAGCGUGCGGAACAUCAUACGAGAGCGCCGGAUGCUCGAGCACGUGAACCACCCCUUCAUUUGCAACCUGCGAUACAGUUUCCAAGACAUCGAAUACAUGUACCUGGUUGUUGACUUGAUGAGCGGCGGCGACCUCCGAUUUCACAUUUCGAGAAAGACCUUCACCGAAGACGCAGUUCGCUUCUGGAUUGCCGAACUAGGAUGUGCCCUCCGAUACAUUCACCAGCAAAACAUUAUCCACCGCGACGUCAAGCCCGACAACGUCCUCCUCGACGCAGACGGCCACGUGCAUUUGACCGACUUUAACGUUGCCUCGGAUAUCGUGCCCGGCAAGGUUUUGUCUAGCAAAUCCGGCACCCUCGCAUAUCUCGCUCCCGAAGUUUAUGCUGGCAAGGGCUACGAUGUCCGUGCAGACUGGUGGUCGUUGGGUGUUCUCUUCUACGAGUGCAUCUACAACAAGAGGCCAUUCGACGGCAAUUCAGAAAGCACCCUCAGCCAGCAGAUCCAGCUCGCGAAUCCCAAAUACCCCGUCACACAGCCCGCCGUCAGCCUUCCCUGUUUAUACGCCAUCCGAGACGCAUUAAGCCCGAACCGCGACACACGGAUGGGUGCCACCUGGGAGAGCUUCACUAAGCAUGAGUUUUUCAUGAUGAUUGAUUUCGAAGCGUUGGAGCGGAAGCAGAUCGAGCCCGUGUUUGUGCCGGCGGCUGACAAGACCAACUUUGACGCCACAUACGACCUGGAGGAGCUCCUGUUGGAGGAGGCCCCCCUUGAGGCGAGAGCCAGACGCCAAAAGCCCCGCGAACGAUUGAAGGAGGACGCUUCGGAGAAGGAAAUCAGGGAGGACGAGCUCUACCGCAUGAUUGAGAACGAGUUUCGGCCGUUUGACUACACACUCGCCGCGUACAAGAAAAUCACCGAGCAAGAAGGAGGAUUCCCCAACGGCGACAUGAAUCAAUUACACCCCAACAGCGGGCCUCAGGCAUUGACCACCGACGAGGCCACCCCCGCCGCGAUGGCCACCAACGGAGGGAGGAACACCAUGCCCCCGGCACCCUUACGAAAGAGCACGAGCUUGGAGAGACGGCCCGGCAGCAGUCACAGCGGCGUGCCCCGCCGGCCAGCCGUGAAGCCGCCCCCGAUACCGCACUACCAGCCAAACGAGUACCACAACCAGAGAGCCGCACCGCCGGCAAUCGGAAAGCGCGUCACCAGCCCAACCGGCGGCAUGUCAGUCACGCUGGACGGAGGCGGCAGUUGGUCAGAACUCGCUCGGCAGGACGCCACGCUUCCCACAGACGCCAACGCAACGGGCGAUGGCAAGUCGGAGAGCUCAAGCGGCGUAUUCAGUUUCUUUAGGGGCAAGAAGGGAAGAGGACACAGCCCAAAGCCCAAGGAAAGGGGAGUUUUGGGCAAAGAGGGCGCCAGGCAGGUUAUUGGCUAG